AAAAAAAUGAAAACCCCAUUUUGGUAGUUGUGAAUUCUGAUCAAUUUCUGAACCUCUUUUGGUUCAUCAAUGUCCGACUCUUCUUCGAAUCAGUUGCGGGGAUGCCUCUCUAUAGCAAUUGGCUUGGUUUUCUUUUUGGGAUUCUUUUACGCCGCCAUUGUUUCCAAGCUUCUUCCUCCAUCAAAUAACCCAAUAAUUUCCGCCAUACAAAACGACUGGUAUUAUUGCUUCUUGGUUCCUUUGACUCUCCCUGUUCUUGUAGUUGCUGUGUACUUUCAUUGGCUCAGCAUGAAAAUGUUCAAACAUGCAUAAUUCUUCUUCUUGAGCCCUAUUCAGAACAAAAUAGCUUACUUCUUUCACUGACUGAAGUAACCAAGAGAAUUGUAUGUACUUCUUUUUGUUGUUGUUGUAAAGUUUACUCCUUUUAUAACAAGCCCAAGUUUCUAA